AUGGACAUCGAGAAUGGAUAUUACCUCGUCAGAUUCCAAAGCAUAGUUGACUAUGAUUUGGCUCUGACUCAAGGCUCCUGGAUAGUGUUUGGGCACUACCUCAUUGUUCAGCCAUGGACAGUCGAGUUUUAUCCACUGAAACCUUUUCCUAGUGUGGUUACGGCCUGGAUCCGAUUCCCAGGAUUGCCGGGCUUCCUGUAUAAGAAAAUGAUUUUAGAAGAGAUAGGGAGCUUGGUCGGAAAAGUGAUGAAGCUUGACUUCAAGACAGAUAGUGGUGCAAGAGGCCAAUUUGCUAGAAUGGCGGUGUCGAUCGAUUUGAAACAGCCGCUUACCUCACAAAACAAAGCAUGUAAGGGGAGAAGAAAGACGCUCCUGGUGAUGGUGGACAAAGAUACAGCUCCGGUGACGACGACUGAGGCCUUUGGCCCGUGGAUGGUAGUCCAGCGAGUUGAUAAUUCGGGGGCUGAAAUUUUGGGGUUGAAGGAGGUUACUUUUAAACAAGGAGAUUUUAUAAGGAAAUUAAAAGAUAACAGACCUAGGGGUAAUUAUGGGCAUCGGGCUGAGGGAAAUAAGGGUAAGGAAAUAGUGGACCAUAACAGAUUUAUUGGGAUUAAGGAUAAAGCUAGUGGGUUAGUCCAUUUAGAAGUUGAACAAGGAAAAACUGGACAAGGUCAGACGCAUAGGGAUUUAAUUUUAGAAAAUAAAACUGGCUCCAAUCCGGACUGGUCACAACCCAUUUCAACAGGUAAGCUGAAAUUAAAUGACUCAGGACUCUUAGACCAUUUUGUGCAGUCAGGCCCCACACCAAUUUCACAAAAUAAAAACUCCUCAUUGCACUUUAAUCCCACUUUCGAAGGGCCUAUGGAGUCAGAGGUGAUUUUAGAUUUUAACGUGUUAGAUCCCAAAAGACAUUCGGCCGUUAUUUUUAAAGGAAAUUCAGAUCACAAGACCGUAGCUACAGAGUUAAAUGUUAGACCAAGUGACUCUAGUAUCUUGUCUGCUUCUUCAAAAGGUCAUGGUCUUGAUAAUAAAAAAGGAAGUGCGAGUAGUGGUAGAAUGCUAAAUAAGACAAUUCGCAGACGGGGGAGUCAUUUUAAAAUUGCUGAAAAUUCGCGUGUCUCACUCACUGAUGUCGUGAAUUCCAUGGCAAAACUUAUUGGUGAACAAGUGGAGACCCUUACUGACUCGGGUUGUGCUAGUUCAAAGUUUAUUUGGGUUUUUCAUGAAUACAAUUGGGAACAUAAACCUGAUUUGAUUAGUCUUAUAGAAACAAGGGUCAGUGGGGGAAAAGCUGAUUCAAUUAUUGCGAAGCUCGGGUUUCAUUACUCACAUCGUGUUGAAGCAGUGGGCUUUUCAGGUGGUAUUUGGAUUGGUUGGAAAGAAUCCAUUCGUGUGGAUGUUCUUAAAAAUCACUCGCAAUUUGUGUUUGUCAGAAUAUCUGAUACCUCUUCCAGGCAGCCUUUUUUUGUCACUUUUGUGUACGCCAGCCCGAAUCAUAGUAAACAGAGAAGUUUAUGGGAGACCUUACAAAGAACUAUUCCUGUCGAUGGGUCUCCAUAG